AUGGCCACAUCGGAGGCAGGACGAGGACCCUUCUGCUCUUUCAGAGGCUUUAAGGCUGUACAGACCAGCAAUGAAGGCCUCCACGGGGCAGCGGAUCCUCCCUUCCAGCCGAGGGCGCUGCCUCCUCUCGGCCUGACUGGGGCCUCUCUGGCGGUUCCUCCUCGGCGGCGUCUUCGUGGUGGCGAGGCCGGGCCUAGCGCCGAAGCCAGGUCGGAGGAGGAAGGCCUGGGCCUGGGCCGUCGGGGUGGAUGGAGGCCGGGCGUCGGGGCCCGGGGCUGCCCUGCUCGGUGGCGGGGGCCUCUCCCUCCUCGUCGUCGUCCUCGGGGCCCCCCUUCGCACUCGCACUCGCGGCAGCGGAGGAAGCAACCCCCGCGUCCGGCCGACUUCAAGCUCCAGGUGAUCAUCAUCGGCUCCCGGGGCGUCGGCAAGACCAGCCUCAUGGAGCGCUUCACCGACGACACCUUCUGCGAGGCCUGCAAGUCCACCGUCGGUGUUGAUUUUAAAAUCAAAACAGUAGAGCUAAGAGGAAAGAAAAUUAGAUUACAGAUUUGGGACACAGCAGGCCAGGAAAGAUUCAACAGCAUUACCUCAGCUUACUACAGAAGUGCCAAGGGAAUUAUAUUGGUGUAUGAUAUUACAAAGAAGGAAACGUUUGACGAUUUGCCUAAAUGGAUGAAAAUGAUUGAUAAGUAUGCCUCAGAAGAUGCAGAGCUAUUACUGGUUGGAAAUAAAUUAGACUGUGAAGUGGACAGAGAGAUUAGCCGACAACAGGGAGAAAAAUUUGCUCAGCAGAUAACUGGGAUGCGGUUUUGUGAAGCUAGUGCCAAGGAUAAUUUUAAUGUUGAUGAAAUAUUUCUGAAACUAGUUGAUGACAUUCUAAAAAAGAUGCCUUUGGAUGUAAUAAGAAAUGAAUUGUCCAACAGUAUCCUGUCCUUACAACCAGAACCAGAAAUUCCACCAGAACUGCCUCCUCCAAGACCUCAUGUCCGUUGUUGCUGACUUGCUGCUUUGUCCAGAGUAGAAGCUAUGAGUGGGAGGAAAGAAAGAAGACAGCAGCUGUACUACUCUGCACUACAAUCAUGUGGAGUUCCUUGUUGCACUUUGAUUCAGAGUCAGAGCUACACACUACUUUGUAAAUAUGCAAAUAUGGAAACCUGGGUAGGAUUCAGCUGUAACUGGUUAAGCAUUGGCCUUCCCACAAGUGUUUUUUCACUCCUCUUCCCCAGCACUAUAAAUAUUGUACAUUUGGCUGGGAAAUACAGCACUCCCAAUCCUAGGAUGUAAGAAAUUAAAUCCAUACUUAUUCUGAACAUAAAUGUUGUAAUAGUCCUUGAUAUAAAACCAGAUCUCUUCUAGUAUAUGGUGCUUUGCUAGCUUUCUUAAGAUAAUUUUAAAAAAUUAAACUUACAUGUAUAAAGCUUUUUUAAGCAGCAUUGUUUCCCACAAAAAAUGAAUAUGUUUCCUACAGCAUCUUAAAUUAAUUGACAGCACAAUCUCAUGCAUAUUUAUUCAAACUGAGUCCUGUUGUGUUUUUGAGACUUAGGGGACUUCCUUCUAUGUAAGUAUGCAUAAGAUUGCAUUCUGAGAGUUCAGAUUAAAUGCUGAUGCCACCCGUUCAGUUUUAUGGAAUUUAUUUGUGUGGCUCCAUGCGAACAUUACUGAAAUGAAUGGGAAUAGUGUAGCGACAGGGUUCAGUCAAUUGAGUCCUAAACACACAAACAAAUGUUAUUUACAACACUCCUUUAUUAUUUAUUAUAUUUUAUGAUGGGUCACUUGUUUGUGUGUACUGAGGUGAUACGUUCUGUGCAGUUUCUAAAAGGAUAAAUUGCCAAGAUGCACAGUUGUUUUCCACAAAGUUAAAUUAGCUAGCAAUCAGAUUCUGUAUAAAGCAGAGAUAUAUUUGCAACUUAUUUUUAAAAAUAAUAUGAAAAGCAUUGCUGCUGUCCUAGACAAAUUCUUUUAAAAUCAUUUUUAGGACAAGACAUUUCCUGUGGUAAAGACUAUAUAUGUUUAUUUGUCUGAAAAAAUUGGGAAGAUGACUUUUGUUACAUAUACCUUUUCUAAUAGGUAAGCUUAUUCCCAUCAAAUAUACUGUGCUAAAGAUUUUUUUCCUUUUUUGUCUGAAUGAAUUUGUGAAUCAUAUCUUUUUGGUAUAUCUUUUAUUAAAACUGCACUGUAUAGUUUAGCUGUGGUAAACUGGUAGCUACGUAUUUGAAUAACUUAAUGUGUUCUAAAUGUUGUGGUAAUGAAAAGCAUUGUCGUUUUCAACUAAGGAUGUGCCAAUAAAAUUUUGUAUUUAUGAAUGACAAUGAAACUGCAUCUCUUAUUAGAAUUCCAAAUAUCAAAUGUUGGCCAAAAAAUUAAAGAUAUGGAAAGAGGAAAAAAUUCAAAAUAUUUAACUUUUUAAUUAGUAAAAGCAGUGUAAAUGGGUCUGUUGACUUGCAGCAUGACCCUAAACAUGUUUAUUCAGUUGUGAGUCCUACCAGUGAUAUUUGCUUCCUGGCAAAACAUUGAAAGACUGUCAAACUUGUCUAAGUCAAACUUGUCUAAGACUUGCUUUUUUACAGUGUCCAAGUGGUCUUAGCAGAAGUACUGAUGAUGUGUGGAUUAUCAGCUAGAACCAUUGGCUUUGAGUAAGCAAAUUGCUUUUAUUUUUCACUGCUCAAGUCUUGUCUUUUGCACUAAGCAAUUAGUCCAACCAUCAGUGUGUUCCAUUGACUUUCCUGACAUUUUGUCUUCAGGGUUCUGUGAGGAAUUAAAAAUGUUAAAUAAUUGGUUGCAGUUUAAGUGUACAGUUGCUAUUGGUCUUGGUAUACCUCUUUUAGGUCAUACAGUUUCAACUAAUAAAAGAUGCACAAUUCAAAUGUAUUUCUGCUACCACAAUGUGCCUAUACAAGUGUCAAUCUUCACACAGAUUAUCGUGUGACUUUCUAUAGUACUGACUAGAUGAAGUUUGCCAUUUUUGUAGCACCGGUAGGACUUGUAAUAAUGCUGUGGCAAUAACAGUGAAAGCAACUUAUGAACAGUAUGCUUGAACUUUACAAACAUUUAGGUGAUUUUCUUGUAUUUAAAGAUCUGUUUUUGCUUUAGUUCUUCAAUAAAAAUGUAAGAAAAAAAUCCUAGAUAAAUGUUUAUAUCUUACCAAAAAUUAUAUCAUCUUGUACAUCCAAUGAAAGCGUUUAUUCUCCCUGCACACAUUUUAGGUUAUUCAAAAAAAGGCUUAAAGCAUUGAGCAUAUCUCAGCUGUUUCCAAAAUCUGUAUUGUAGUAAAACACUGUGAUGGUACUAGCUUUUGAAACCAUGUUAUUUUUUAAUCAAAUAUUUUUUUAAUACAAGGGUAGAAGAAAAUGCUGAUGUUAGUUCUUGAUCUACAUGUUGUCUUCCUAUCGUAUGUGACGAAGGGUAUGCGUACUAUUACCAGACACCACUCCAAUGACCCUGUGCUUGCUGGGAACUGGAAAAGCAAUAAAAACAGUAAUAAAAUGUA